UUUCAACAUGCGCAUGCACUGUUGUAGCGGAAGUGAAGUGGAAUCCAUUCGUUCAUGAACCUGGAGAUGCAACGUGGCUAAUUAUGAGAAAUUCUCUAUUUCUAGAAUAUUCAGACACAUAAUUUAUGAAAUAAUUUGAAAGAUUAAAUCCAUCAUAAAAGAUAAGUCCAGGUAAACACCAUACAAAAGCACGUAAAAAUAUGGAGGCCAUUGAUACCCCACCUUCACAGCCUGGUGCAGUUACUAUGUUUUUUAAAAGACUAGGGGAGAUCCAGCAAGGCUAUUUAGACAAAGCCACCCCUCAUUUGGCAGCUAGAUGGAUAUUCUUAAUCGUAUGGUUUUUGCUGUAUGGUGUGAGGGUAUACUUUUUACAGGGGUGGUAUAUAAUCACAUAUGCCUUAGGAAUUUACUUACUAAAUUUAUUCAUAGCUUUCUUAACACCACAAGUUGAUCCUGCUAUUAUGGAUGAUGAAGAGGAUGGUCCUUCAUUACCAACAAAGUCCAAUGAAGAAUUUAAACCUUUUAUGAGAAGAUUACCAGAAUUUAAAUUUUGGUAUAGUGCUGUAAAAGCUGUUACUGUUGCUAUGAUAUGUACAUGUUUUGAUGCAUUAAAUAUACCAGUAUUCUGGCCUAUAUUAGUGAUGUACUUCAUUUUAUUAUUUGUUAUUACCAUGAAAAGACAAAUUAAGCAUAUGUUGAAAUAUAAAUAUUUACCAUUUUCACAUGGGAAGAAAAAAUAUCAAGGAAAAGAAGACACAGGGAAAGUAGUUUAUAACAAAUGAUGUUAGUGACCAUUAGUUGUCAUUUCAUUGUAUCAUAAUUCCAUUAAACAUCUCUCAGACUAAGGUGAUGGCAUGGUAGAGUCCACAAGAACAAGGCUGUGAGGAAGGAUGCAUGUAUACUCUUCUGUUAAUCCUGUUGUAGACACUAUCCUCUAGUCUAUUUACUGUUGUUUGAUGAACUUCCCGUUAAAUUCUAAAUUUCAGAGAAGUAUUAACAAAAAGAAGCAGGAAUUCAUUAUUUUUUAUUGUUUGAUUACUUGUAGUUUUGUCUGAAAUUGUGUUGAAUUUUUAUGUUCUUAUUUAUUGAUUGUGUGUUGAUUUUUCACUUAGUGGUAAAUCCAUAAAAAAUAAUGUUAUGUUAUUUUCAUUGUCAAAUACUAUUUAAUUUUUUCAGUUUCCUUAUAUUGGAAAAACAAGGCACAUUUUAAGUAAAAGAGAUUUUUUUUGUCUUUUCCAAAUAAAAUUGUUACAGUGUGAAAAUAAGAAACACAUUUAUAUAAUUUUGUCUCCAAGCUUUUAGUAUGUUGGUGAAUGAACUUUUGUAGAAAGUUCUGUUACAGGUUUUUGAUAAAUGAUAGUGAAUAUUUAAAUCUGUUGGCCGUUCUUUAAUAUUAAAAUAUUGGUAAAUAUUCUUGGAUGGUGGAAUUUUUUAUUGAACAUAAAAAUGAAAUAAAAAUUUCACAAUAUUAAGAAUUACCUUUUCAUAACAUUGCAAUUUAUUAUAUUAUAAAAAGUCAUGAAAGAUAUUGAAGAUCAUUUCUGUAUAUGUAAUUGAUACAAGUAAAUAUGUGUAUUUUUAAAAUCAUGAUAUGUUUCAAUGAGUAAGUUAAGUGUAUGUAUUUGUCAAGUGUCUUUGAUAAUGAUGUAAUAUUCAAUCGGACAGUGUAUGGGUUAGUUAAUACAUCUUUCAUAUUUAUAAAUUAGUCACUAUUAUGAAUUUAUCUGUAAAGAAUAAAGGUGUUUGUGAAAAAAAACAGUUUAAAUUUAGAAUAGGAUUAUUUUCAUGUUGGGAAUAAGUAGAAGUUGAUCUGUACUUAAGAAAUUUGAAUCCAAAGGUUUUUUUUGCACAUGUAAAAUGUUUCAAAUGAAGACAUAACAUGCUUAUUAUUUUAUCUGCAUCUUUUAAUUCACAGUAGAAAAAUGAUAUAUAGCUUAUAUGAAGUUUAUUUUAACCAGUAAAAUGUAGGUAUUGGUAAAGUACAUUGGUAAGGUGCAACAUGCUUAUUGAUAUAUAUCGCUCUUCUUACUCUCAGUAAGAGAAAAAAAAAACAUUUAGAAAUUUCUUCGAACAAUGAAGUUAAAAUUUUAAUACAGGGAUUCAAAGAGAUGACAUAAUUUUAAGAUUAUGAAAGUAUCUUCCUUGUAGGGAGAAUGUGUAAUGCUGUCAUAAAAGAUGAUUGACUUUUUUUUUUACACAUAAGUUGUCUCCCUUUUCACAUGAAACAGUUAUGUCCAUUAAGACAUUUUAAAGGUGGUUGUAAUCAUUAACAAAGAAAAGAUGUGUGUGAGUGCUCAUUGCUAAUGAAUUCGAAAGAUUUAAAAUGUAUUGUUGAAACAAAUUUUUAUUCACGAGUUAUAAAUAUAUAUAAUGUAAAUAAUUUAAGAUGUGUAAAUUUCUUGAAUGAAAUUUAUUAAAGAAAAUUAUAUUAUGAA